AUGGAACUUUCUCCCAUUAUUGUAGUAUUGAUUAUGAUUUGCGAAGCCGUCGGUGGGUAUGGUAAAUGUCCGUUGGGUAAGCAGUGGAACCCAAUGACAAAAAAGUGUAUAAAAUAUUACUUCGGCUCAUACAUUAAUAACUAUAAAAAAGGUGAGGCGAGACUAUUAAAAGUAAUGACAACUAAUUUUUAG